UGGGCCAACAUGGCGGCACGAAGUAAUCUAUGCUUCACUUUUUAUUUAAUUUAAUAUCAAUAACAUCAUUUCCUGGAAUAGUUUUUGUUGACUCGGGAUACGUGCUAGCGUGCCUUAUCGUCUCAGUUAAUUUUCUGUGGUUUUUUUUAACAAAAAUCGCCAAGUGGUGAUUCAGGCACGCAGGGCGCAUGCGCAGAACUCGAAGUGGUUGUGAUUCAUAAUAAUGGUUUUCUGAUUUUGUUGCUUGUUUCCGUGGCGGUUAGUGUUCCAUAACUGAAAAUGCAAAAUGUUGAAUGUGGAAAGCGGUGGUGAAGUUGCGAUUUGUGAUUUGGUGGAAGUAGCCGCCGAAUAACCGGCUUGGAAUGUGAAGAAAUCGACAAGAUCAGCGUUAGAUGCCGUUACACUCGUGUAAAGGAAUGGGACAGUGCACGAAUGCGAGUUCUUUGUGUCUUUAAUGAAAAAAAUCGUGAUGAAAAGUGCCUUCAUGAACCGAUAAUGAUAAAAAGUGCAAUUGAUAAAUCCUAUUUUGUUGUGUUUACGUGUUCAUAUAAUCGCGAUAAUCGGGUCGUUACGAGGAGCUAAGUGUGAUAAUUCGGAAAAAUGGGCCGUUUUAGGCUGUUGUUAUGGUGGUGCCUCUUCUGUUUACCACUGCAUUUGCAAUGUACUGUCAGUGCUCAAGAAAAUAGCGAUUCAUUUAAGCAAAGUGACGUAAUAAUGGACAAUAAUAUAGAUCAACAGAAUCAUCUUGCACACUCGCGUUUGUCUCAAUAUCAGGAAAACCACAAGCCUAUGUUCAAAGACUGUCAAAGGUACAAUCCUAAAGUAGAAGAAGAACAACCAAGUCAAACUUUUGUUAUAAGAGUUCAAGCUGUUGAUGAAGAUCCUCCAGAUAGGGAAGGUGGUCGAAUCACGUAUACUAUUGAAGAGCCACCAGGGACUCGACCCAAUUUUAAAAUAAAUAAGAGAACGGGAGAAAUAACUACAGCGCUACCCUUCGACAGAGACGAACCUAAUAGACAAAAAGAAAUUUAUUUAACAGUUCGUGCUGUUGAUGAUGGACGGCCUGAACUGGCUGACAUAUGUACAAUUAAAGUCACAGUAGAGGAUAUUAAUGAUAAUUCGCCCAGUUUUGACCAACACGAUUAUUCCAGCAAUGUUUCUGAAGAUCUUCCCGAGAAUAGUGAAGUUUUGAGGGUAUUUGCUUACGAUCUGGACGAUCGUGAAAAUGCCAGGUUGACAUAUAGUUUUGUCAAUGGCAAUGACCAGUUUGAAGAUUAUUUUCGAAUUGAUUCGGUCACUGGUGUUAUUUACUUAAAAAAGCAACUACUUGGGAAACAAAGCAAAAGAUUUAGUUCUACUGUUGAGGUCUCAGAUAAUGGAAAAGAAAAGAAUACGGCAAGAGCCGAUGUUGUGUUCACAGUUGUCGAUUCAAAUAAGAGACCACCAACCAUCGAAGUAGUAGGUGGCAACCGAGUAAUACAUUUGAAAGAAGACGAAAAUGACUUUGAGAAACCUCUAGUCGCACUUAGUGCUCAGUCGAAUAUAGAUGAUCCAAGUGUUGUCUUUGAGCUAGUCAAAGGCAAAACUACCCAAACGAACAAGGACCAAACGUUUAUCUUAAGUCCUUCUGGUCCCACUUCAGCACAAAUCACAAUGGCGCGACCCUUGGACUAUGAAACCGUAGAGGAAUAUCAACUUACCGUCCGUGCUAAAAACAAGGAUCUACUAUACGCAUCUGUGACAAUAAACGUGAAAGUUGAAGAUGUCAAUGACGAAAUUCCGACUUUUAUCGAACUGUUGAGAGGAAGUAUAGUCGAAAAUGACAAAAUCGGUGCUCAAGCAAUGACAGUUCGAGCUAUUGACAAGGAUGGAACUUCUCCAAAUAACCUCGUCGUUUAUGAGUUGCUUGACUAUAAGGAUUUGUUCGAGAUCGAUAAAAACUCUGGUGUAAUUACCGCAAAAGCGUCCUUUGAUAGAGAAAAAGAGAAGCUUUAUCAUGUGACCGUGCAGGCACGUGAUAGUGCAAUUAGUGCUCUCUUCCCUUCGAAAAAUAAGCCGAACGUUGCCAACCAAACCUUCCAAAUAAGCAUCGAAGAUCAAAACGACAAUCAGCCGAAGUUUACCAAAAGCUUGUAUCAAGUGUAUAACAUUUCGGAGAACGCCGACACCCAGAAAGACGUUGCUGAGGUAAAAGCCAUAGAUGCAGACACAGCAUCUCGCAUUGAAUACAGCAUAAUUGAGGGUAAUAUCAACGAUGCGUUUCUCAUCGAACCAACGACUGGACGCAUUAAAGUGAACAACAAGCUCGACUAUGAGAAAGUUGAGGAGUACAAUUUGACGGUGCAAGCCAAUGACGGAAUAUACACAGACACGGCGAAAGUCUUCAUACAAAUUUCAAACGAAAACGACGAAAUUCCAGUUUUCGAGCCGUACAAUAAGGACAUCCAGUUCGAAGAAGAACGCACCAGUGAAGACUGCAUUAUUACUUUGAUCGCCUAUGAUCCUGACAUAAAGGACAGGAGCGCGGACCAAAAAAUUGUGUAUCGGGUUGGCGAGGCGUACAAAUCGUUUCUCUCAGUCGGAAGAAAUGGCUGUGUCACAGUUACCAAACCACUUGAUCGGGAUUUGCCGAAUGGCUCAUCCUCAUACCAAGCGUACAUAUAUGCCGAUGACUACGAGGGAGGACCGAACUCUUUGUCUAAUUAUGCCGAAAUUAACAUAAUUCUUCGAGAUAUUAAUGACAAUGCUCCGUAUUUAGAACAAACGGAAGUUGUAUGGCAAGAAAAUCAAGAACCGGACGGUCAAACUCCAAUUAUAACUUUGACCGCUAACGAUAACGACGGUCCCGAAAACGGCCCUCCGUUCACAUUCGAAAUACCUUCCUACGAAAUGACCGAGAAAUUUGAAAUAAGGGACAAACAACUUUUUGCGAAAAUACGAUUCGAUCGAGAGGAACGGAAAUAUUACGACGUUCCGAUUAAAAUUACAGAUAAUGGAAGCCCGUCGCAGUCUGGCACUAGCAUUCUCAAGGUUAUCAUCGGAGAUGUUAAUGAUAAUGCGGCCCAGGACGGCUCUAGUGAAAUAUUCGUCUACAAAUAUGAGGGUAUUAAAAUGGAUACUGAGAUCGGGCGGGUGUAUGUGACGGACCCAGACGACUGGGAUUUGCCCGAUAAAGUGUUCGAACCCGAUGGUUACUUGGAUAGUAACUUCGAAAUUGGCAGAAUUGGGGGCAUGAUCACCAUGAAGAAGGAAAUAGUGCCCAAUGUGUACAAACUUAAUUUCGUGGUAAAAGAGGAGCUAAUGAAUGGUACCUUAAAUACGGUGCAUGCGGAUGUUACUGUUACCGUUAAGGAAAUACCGGAAGAAGCCGUGCGUAAGUCGGGUUCAAUCCGGCUUAAAGGAAUCACAUCGGAAGAUUUUAUUACGAAAAAUCCCACGACUUUAACUAGCCGAAAAGACUUGUUGCAAAAACACCUUGCGGAAGUUUUCAAUACUUCGAUUGAGAACGUUGAUGUUUUUACUGUAAUGCCGUCCCAUAAUUCCACUUUUGUGGACGUCCGUUUUUCCGCACACGGUUCCCCGUACUAUGCACCCGAACGGUUGAAUAAUAAAGUAACGGUUGAGCAAGAAGCGCUAGAACGAGAGCUGGGCGCCGAAAUUAUCAUGAUCAGUAUAAACGAAUGUUUGCAACCUGACGUUUGCUUGAACGGUUCGUGCUCAAAUAUUUUGCAAAUCAGGGACGAUCCUGCCGUUGUUUUCACAAACAAGACAUCGUUUGUUGGCGUUAAAGCCGUGGCGGAAGCCGUCUGCGAAUGCAGAAAGCAUAUGACAAAAGAGUGUUUCAACGGUGGAACACCAAUUGAGGGGAUUUGCAAUUGUCCAGAGGGGUUCACUGGACCAAACUGCGAAAGUUUGGGUAUUAGUUUCGCCGGCGACGGAUGGGCGAUGUAUCCACCGUUCGAUUCCUGCAACAACACACUUAUCUCCUUCAGUGUGCUUCCACAAACCGACGAUGGGCUCAUUUUUUACGUCGGACCGUUAAGUAAACGACAAGCCGAGCUCAAUAAAGACUUCAUGUCGGUUGAAAUGCGUGGCGGUUUCGUGGUGCUCAAGGUCGAUUUUGGCGACGACACGGAGGAGUUUAUUUCCGAUUAUAAGAAAAUCAACGAUGGGGGAAGCCACAAAAUCAAAAUAAACUACACCAACGUGGAGGUGCAAAUCGAAGUUGAUGAGUGCCCCAGUGAUUGCAUCAAGUGGGCAAGCUUCAGAAAAGGCGGCUUGUUGAAAACAAACGGGCCUUUGCAAAUCGGCGGCCGCUCGAAUAUUUUCACCCAAGAAGAGGCGAAAAUGAUUUGGUCGAACCCGCCGUCCUCGGUCGGUUUCCGCGGUUGCAUAACGAACUUCACCUACAACUCGUACGUCUACAAUCUUGGCGCUCCGUCCGACAAAUACCACGCGCACGAAGGCACGUGCGACUAUGGCAUGUUCCAGGCGGCCAAGUUCGGGAUUGACUCGAAUUUCCUGGUCGCAAUCCUGGUCUGUCUGGCGAUUUUGUUGAUUCUGCUCCUUGCGGUGGUCGUGCACAAGCGCAAGCACGACAACUUCAACGAGAAGGAUUUGGACGAUACAAGGGAGAAUAUAAUUAAUUAUGAGGACGAAGGUGGCGGCGAAUGCGACACGAACUUUGAUUUGUCCGUGUUGCGGAACAACAUCGACGAAAAGCCGCCAAUGACUGACCAUUUGUAUAAGCACGAAGUGCCUGCCGACAUUGGUAGUUUCCUCGAUGAUAAAAAACGCGCGUGUGAUAAAGACACUUUGCCGUGUGAUGACGUGCGCCAUUAUGGCUACGAGGGCGAUGGCAAUAGCUCGGGUUCGCUUUCGUCGCUUGCUUCCUGCACGGAUGAAGGCGACCUGAAGUUCAAUUAUUUGUCGAGUUUCGGGCCACGGUUCCGCAAACUGGCCGACAUGUACGGAGACGACGCCAGCGAGGAGGGGAGUCAGAACGGAGCGGAGGAGUCCUGGUGCUGAUCGAUUUAGGGCGGAAAUCGUUUGCUUUCAUAGUUUCUGGUGUUCACAGUAGAUGGCAGCUAAUUUCACUCGGAACUAUGCGUUAUUUGUACUUAAAUAAUGUUUGACCAAAGAGAAGCAUAUAUUUUUGGACGGAAAUUACUUGUAAACCGUGGUAGCUGGAACGUUGUUGGUAGGUUUAGUGGUUAUAAUGUGAUUUAAUCAAUAGUGUGCUGUUUUUUAAAUUCCAGAACUUAGGUUAAUUUCUUAGAUAUAUUUAUUUUACAAUUUUGAUAAAAAUAAUUAGGCUAGGAGGAACAUGUCGCUGGAUUUGCGGUUUUGCGAACCGCCAUCAUUUCAGUGAUAACGACGAACAAGUAGGCUGACAAUAAUUCGUUUACAUUUCGUAGUUUUAAGAUUGAGUUUAUGAUGGCACAAGGAUAUGGAAUUUCAAUUAAGUGACUUCUAAUGGCUAUAAAAAUUGUGCCUUCAUAGAUUGACUGUUACUAAUGUGUGAAUGAUGGAGCAGUGUUGAAAUAAUAGCAACAAAUUUAGUACUUAAUAGAAUGUGACCAAAGAUAACAAAUUUGGACGGAACUGCAGCGAAUAGGAAAGAUGACUGAGAUUUGUAUUAGUUGCAUUUAAAAUUGCCAUCAGUAUGUUAAACGCAUUUAUCUAUUGUUAAUAUUUUAUUCGUAUAAAAUUAAAUAGGUUUUUAGGUAGUCCCUUUUUUGUGCAUACAUACCAUUCUGUGCCACAUACGUGUAUUUCUUUACAGCAUAACUUAGGAGUAAUAAAUUAUGGAUUAAGUUUUAUUUCACUUCAGAAGACAUUCCUUUUUGUGAUUAUGUUAGUGAUCAGAUCGUAUAUUUAUGUUAUAAGAUCGAUCUCGUUUGGUAUAUUGUUAGUAUUUUCAAAAAGAAGAGAAAUUAUUUAAAGUAUUAUAUUGUAUUCUAAACUUAUUUUUAUUCAUCGGCUUCUCAAAUAAUGAAAGUUGUGCCCAUGUUAUUUAUAUUUUUAUGACAUCGUUUUUGUACCUAAUGAAUUAUAAAGAACGUUGCUCACUGCCGACUUAUUGUAACAGUAACGAUUAUAAUCUUGUAAUAAAUAAAGGCUAUUUAGGAUA